AUGGUACCAGUUCCAAAACGUUUCUGUGAGACCCUGGCAAGUGCGAUGGCUCCUCUGUGGCCCUUCAUCCUGGUGGCUGCAUCAGGAAUCCUAGCCAUAGAUACACCUCGUCCCAGGAAUUCUGCUCUGUACCAUCUCACCAAGCAGCUACUGCAGAAGUAUCAUAAGGACGUGAGACCAGUUCACGACUGGACGGAGGCCACCACCGUCUACCUGGACGUAUUUGUCCGUGCGGUACUGGAUGUGGAUGCACAGAACCAAAAAUUAAAGACAAAUGUCUGGUACAGUGAGGUUUGGGAUGAUGAGUUUUUAUCAUGGAACUCCAGCAUGUUCGAUGAUAUUAGCCAGAUCUCCCUACCUCUAAGUGCCAUCUGGGCCCCUGAUAUCAUCAUUAAUGAAUUUGUGGACCUUGAAAGACUACCUGACCUUCCCUAUGUGUAUGUGAACUCAUCCGGGACCAUUAAGAACUCCAAGUCCAUCCAGGUGGUCUCUGCCUGCAGUUUAGAGACAUACGCUUUUCCAUUUGAUAUCCAGAAUUGCAGCCUAACCUUCAAUAGCGUUCUGCACACAGUGGAAGAUGUAGACCUGGCCUUCCUGCGGAGCAGAGAGGACGUUAAGCAUGACAAACAAGCCUUCUCGAAUGACAGCGAGUGGGAGCUUCUUUCUGUGUCCUCAGCCUACAGCACCCUGCAGAGCCGCGCUGGAGAUUUUGCGCAGAUUCAGUUUCACGUGGUGAUUCGCAGGCGCCCACUGGUCUAUGUGGUGAGCCUGCUGAUUCCCAGCAUCUUCCUCAUGCUUGUGGACCUGGGGAGCUUCUACAUCCCCCCCACCUGCCGUGCCAGGAUUGUGUUCAAAACCAGCGUGCUGGUGGGCUACACCGUUUUCAGGGUCAACAUGUCUGACGAGAUGCCACAGAGCGCAGUGAGCACCCCUCUGAUUGGCGUCUUCUUCACCGUCUGCAUGGCCUUCUUGGUUCUCAGCUUAUCUAAGUCCAUCUUGUUGAUCAAAUUCCUUCACGAUGAGCAGCACAGCGGGCAGGAGCGGCCCCUCUUAUGCCUUGGAGGGGACACUGAUGCUGAUGGGCUUAUAACGGAUCGCAGGGCCCAUCUUGUUGGGGUGACAGAGUCCCCUGUCUCUCGAGAGCACCAGGCCCACUCAGGGACCCUGAAGGAAGUCUUGUCCCAGCUUCAAUCCAUCAGCAACUACUUCCAAACCCAGGACCAGGCAGCCCAGCAGGAGGUCGGGUGGCUGGCCCUCCUGGAACGCGUUGACCGACUGCUCUUUCAAGGCUACCUUGUGAUGUUGGGACUCUACGCCAUCACGCUGUGCUCCCUCUGGGCACUGUGGAGCCGCCUGUGA